UUUAAUCUAACUCUUUUAACAGAUGUCGGUGCUGUUUUAACGCGUCCUGCAAGGUGGAUUAUUGGCGAACAAGGGGGUUCGGUUUUUAUUUAUUCACAACCAGUCUUCCCAUACCUUACAACUUGUUGGUUGAUGCCCUUAACUCUCACCGUCUGCUCGUGAAUCAUGUCACGCCGGAAACAGAAACGGCCCCAACAGCUUGUUAACGCGGACCCCGGGGGCACGCGCUUGAUGCUGCAAGACGACCAGCUUCCAGUGAAAUCUCCAUCCACCUCUCUUGCCUCUGAAGCUACCUCAUCAUCUUCCUCUUCCUCUCCUACAUCCCUUCAGGACUGUCAGCCUCCUUUGGCCCCAAGACCGUCUCCAGGUGGCCUUCAUGCUCCCUCGCUCCCCAACGAGAGCUCAUCUCCUCCCCACUGGCCAAAUCACAUUGCCUCAUAUUCCACAUCACUGCCUAAUGCACAUUCAUCUCUCUCUCCGGACUUCCCACACCCUUCUCUGUCCUCCCAGACUCACUCUCCUCCUCCUGGCCAGCAGAAAUCCACUCAUAUUCCAUCUCAUCAGCCCCUGUCCACUGUGACGUCCCCACCGAUGGGUAUUUCUGCAACCACCACUACCUCCUCUUCCUCCUCUUUAUCAUCUUCAUCAUCACUGGGUGCCCCACCACAUCAAGGAAGCCCUAGUCCCAUCCACCAAACUCCUUCGUCACCUUCAGAGCAACUUCAGGUGCCUCCGACCCUCGCUGUACUAUUGGAGGAGCUUAGGGUCCUGCAGCAAAGACAGAUUCACCAAAUGCAGAUUACAGAAGAGAUCUGUAGGCAGGUGCUGCGUCUAGGUGGUAUGGUCAGUGCCCAAGAUGCACCUCAGGGAUCUGUGGAGGGUCAACAGAGAGAUACAGGCUCUAGCUCCCCACUUAAUACUGUCUCUGGUGCCUCUUUAAUUCCUCAAGCUCCUGCAUCCAAGCCCAACCUAUCUCACACUAAUGGAACUAGAGCUCCUUAUUCCACAACUUCAUCUUCAAUAUCUUCCUCAUCUUCCUCAUCUUUAGUCACCUCUUCAGCCUCUAUGCACCCUCUCUCUCUAACGCUUGGACUUCCACCUCGUUACCUCAAUGAAAAGUCUCCCAACACCUCAAUUAGUCAUGGCAAUGGUGUGAAUUUCUCAACUCCUCCCUUGCCCACGGUCAGCCUCUCCCAGGACCAGCUAUCUCUCAGUUCCACUAUUAGUACAUCAAAUGGAUCUUCAAGCUCCUCUUCAGGCCGUCAACAGCACAUCUGCCGUUUCUGUGGGAAGGUUCUAAGCAGCGACUCUUCCCUACAGAUCCAUCUGAGAUCCCACACCGGUGAGCGUCCGUACCAGUGUCCAGUCUGCCUCAGUCGCUUCACUACCCGCGGCAACCUCAAAGCCCACUUCCUUCGUCACCGUGAGCAAAAUCCUGAGCUGUCGCUUUCGCUCUUGCCACCUGCUCUGUCCGAGCAGAGCCAAUCAGGAUCUGGCUCAGGGCCAUCACAGAGGCGCAGAAAACGUCGAGCUGAGGAUGAGGAACCUUUUGGGGUUAAGGGUAGUGUAGGUGUGCCAGACAGUUUAGCCCUGAGUUUUCUAUCUGGGUCAUCUCAUCCAUCUCCCUCCUCCCUACCAUUGCCACCCAGUGUUGAUCUGGCCCUGCUUUCCACCGCCCACUCUUUACUACAGCUUAACCGUGCCUCGGCUGCAGCCGCAGCCUCCGUUUCCACAAGUGUGCAGUCGUCAUCUUCAUCCAUCACCUCCUCUGCCAUGAACAGUCAAUUUAAAGGUGCAAAGCAGCAGAGGUUUGAUGAGAAUACACCACCACACUCUACCUUACAUCCUGGUUCUCCAUAUUCCCAGCUGGCACAUCUUCCGAAGAUUCUCUUCCCAUCAGGUCCCUCUGCUCACCAUCCUAGCCUUGCCCUUCUUCGCCCUCCUCACCUUCCCUCCCCUCACCUCCCACUUACCUUCCCUUUCUCCUCUUACCCCAAACCUCAAAACUCCUCUUCUCCAUCCUCCUCUCCAUCUUCAUCCUCUGCCACCUCUGACACCUCCAAGCUGCAGAGACUGGCGCAGAAGUUAGAGAAGCAGCCUCUCCCAAAAAACACCAAUGAAGGCCAGGUGAACUGCAAUACUCAGGCUAAUGACAUAUCCACAACCUCCAACACUAAUGCUAUCUCAGCUUACAGGAGGGAGAUGAUGGCAGCCUUAGGUCUGAACCCGAAUCCCAGCAGUGAGCCGACUAGCCAAGAGCUCCAAGGGUCAACUGCCUCUUCUUUGGUCCCUAAUCAGUGUGGGGUGUGCCUCCGUGUCCUCAGCUGCCCAAGGGCCUUACGUCUCCACCAGGCCACUCACUUAGGUGAACGUCCAUUCCCCUGCAAACUCUGUGGCCGCUCCUUCUCCACAAAAGGAAGUCUAAGGGCUCAUUUAGCCACUCACAGAGCACGUCCAGCCAAUGCACGUGGCCAGAACUCAUGCCCACUCUGUCAGCGCAAGUUUACCAAUGCCGUAGUACUGCAGCACCACAUUCGCAUGCAUCUGGGGGGCCAAUUACCUCCAGAAGGUAACGGGGACCUGCAGUCAGAGGAAGACUCUGGUCAAAUGGAUGGAGUUUCCUUGCCCAAGACCCUUCAGUCUCUUCCUCUCAAUAUGAGCAUGUCUUCCUCUGCCAGCUUACUGGAGUCUGGUGCUAGCCUAAGAAAUGCUACAUCAGGUGAUGCAGACCAGAUCAUGGAGUCAGAUCAAGAUCCCUAUGACAACACACCUGAGACUAGCCCAACCCUCACCCUGGAGAAGCAGGACCCCUCCAGAGAAAACAGCCCACCUGACAAUUCCAUAGCCUCAGAUGAGAACCAUUAUGGCACAGUCCAUCACAGCAAGUCUCAAGUUGACCAUGGCUCUGCAGAAGAGGAUGAAGACACACCUUUAUCCCUCUGUACCAGGACCAACUCCCAAGACACCAUAUUUGAUAAAAAAUGGCACAAUGGGCCUUCGCAUCACACGGUGAUCAGUGGGCCAAAUCCUAGUUUAAGCUCUGAAGCUCUCAAUCUGUCUCCUGCCCUAACUCCACCCUCCAGCCCAGGGUUGUCCACUGAGUCAAAAUCAGACCAAAGCAGUGAGCAGACAACACUUCACGUGAAUGGAAUUGACCAUGUUCUUGAACCCAAUGAUGGUGACUCUCACUCAGCCACAGAGAAUGCUUCUUUGCACUCUAAAAUUCCUGACAGAGCCGUAGAGCAGAAGCUAAAAGCUGAGGAUGCACAAGAAUCCAAAAUGGAGGAGUCUGCAGAAGAGGAUCAAAGGAAAGAGAGAGAAAAGACCGAAAUGACAUCAUCAGAGACUCCUGUGCCCCUUCCACAACCGCAGCGCUCUGAGAAACCUUACAGCUGCACAGAGUGUGGAAAAGAGUAUGCUAGCCGCAGUGGAUUGAAGGGGCAUAUGAAAAUCCACAGCGGGAGUAUGAAUCAGUUGGCCAGUACUGCAUCCUCACAGUCCUCUGAGGGAAAAGUCAUGGAGCGUACAGAGGAGUCAACCCAUCGAAAACUGAGAGGAGAGGAUGCUAAAAACUUGUCAGAGGAGAGUACAGAUAAACUGUCCUUGACUGAGCAUCCGGUGUCUGACAGAGAUAACAGAACUGAAGACACUGCUUAAAAGAAUGUGAUUAGUUAGGUUUUAGCACUAUUCUUGUUUACUGAUUUCUAUGACAACUUUUUUCAAAUUUGUGGUUAGGAGUAGUUUUUAAUUGUUUGAUAUUGUAGAAUGGUAGUGAAUCAGUCCAUAUGUAAUAGUAGUGCCUUUUCAUGAAGACAAUUAAAUCAUAUUGAUAAAGACUUCGUAAGUCUUUCGACUUCAAAUAUCAGGAUGCACCGAAAUUGGAUCUUGAAAAUAGUAUUUGUGUAUAACAAAUGACAAGCAAAUUAAUUAUGUGUCUAAGUGCAAUUUCAGAAAUCAAUUUGGAAUUCCAGGAUAUACAUACAAAUACUUUUAAAACAUUAAAAAAACGUGCAAACUCGAGGAAAAAAGGGACUGACCUGAUGUGUGAGAUGAGAGAGGAUGUGGGAUCAUACCAAAUCCGAUGUGCAGCUGAAUGUAAAUAUCCUUUUUGUUUUAUGUACCCUGUUUUUAUCUUCUUUCAUGCUGCUGUUCUUUGUAGGUGUUUCUCUAAAUAGCUGCACUAUAUCUGUGACUGCUGAAACUCUUAUUGACAAGGGAGGUUUAUAAUAACAAUGAUGGAAUAGAAAUGCUGAGAGUCAUAUUUUUUUCUGCCCAAUCAAUGCCUGUUCUUCAACCUUCUUGAUGUAGUGGUUUGUAAGUAUUGAGGUUUUUUUAAUUUUAUUUUAUUUUGAUUACGAAAAACAGCAAAUCAGAUCAGUUUUCACAGUGCUGUAGAUGAGAAAAAGCGGCUCAAAAUUUGCAAACAUUUAUGCAUUAUUUUCUGUUAUCUUGAAGGUUGUUGGCCCUGUUGAACACUGUUUUGUAAAUUUAUUGGAUGUAAUGUGGUCCUAACUUGUCAAAGAGAGAAAUAAAAUCAGAAUGAAUGUUUCACAAUUA